UUUAUAGUGGUUAUUUAAAUAAAUACUUAAAAUAAUCGGAUAUAAGUAAAAUUCAAGUAACGUCAUCAAGUGCAUUCAAUCUAAUUUUGUUAAUAGUAACCUCAAACUUAAACUUGCCAACGAGUACCUAACAAACUUGAAAUGCACAAAAUUCUUGAGUUUCAAUCUGUUGUUUUGGCAGCGGGAAGAGGCUCUCGUUUGCCAGAUGUAGGUGGAUCUGUAUCAAAAUGCCUUCUACCAGUUGGACCCUAUCCUGUUUUGUGGUACUCAUUAAAUAUGCUGGAGAAGCUUGGAUUACAAGAAACUAUGAUUGUUGUCUUGGAUGAAGAUAAAUCAAAUAUAUUGAGUGCCUUAGAAAAAUGUCCCUUAAAAAUUAAAUAUGAUUUGAUAGUAAUACCAUCAGAAGAGGACUGGGGUACUGCUAAUUCACUCAAACACAUCAGUGGUCUAGUUAAUACUGAUUUAUUAGUUGUCUCUGGAGAUUUGAUCACAAGUAUAAACCUCAAUGAAGUAUUGAAUUUACAUAGAAAACAUGAUGCAUCUCUUACUACAUUAUUUUUUAAUAACGGUCCUGAAGAAUGGAUUGAACUACCUGGAUUGAAAACUAAAGUCAAACCAGAUAGAGAUUUGGUGUGUAUAGAUAAAGAAACUGAAAGAUUAGUUUUUUUGGCUAGCGCUAGUGAUUUUGAAGAAAAUGUUUCAAUACCUAGAAUACUUUUAAAAAAGUUUGACAACAUAAGCUUGUACAGCAGAUUAUUAGAUGCUCAUGUAUAUGUAAUGAAGAAAUGGAUAUUAAAUUACAUAACAGAAUCCGACAAGUUCACUUCAUUGAAAGGUGAACUAAUACCGCACAUAAUUAAGAAACAACUUUCCAGAGCCAAAACAGGUGUAGAAAAAAAAGGAACUUCUGAAAAACAUGUUGAUAUGACAAAUAAUAUUUUUGAGUAUGCUAUAGAAAAUGGUUACGAGAGUAAAAUAAGAGAAAUGUCUUCCUACAGUAAUAGUAAGAGAGGCAAUUGCAAUGAUAUUAUUAGAUGUUAUGCUCAUAUACCUAAUAAGAACACAUUUGGUAUUAGAGUUAACACAUUGUCAUCGUUUUACCUUUCAAAUAACAAAAUACUGUCCAAAUGGGAGGAAUUAACUGGCUCUCCUUUAGAGAAAAGAUUUCACCCUGAGAGUGAUGUAAAAACAAAACAGAUAGAUGAAAACAGCACAGUAGGAGACAAAACAAUUAUUAAUGAAAAAACUUCAAUCAAAAACACUUUCAUUGGCGACAACUGCAAUAUUGAAAACAAAGUCAGAUUAACUAAUUGUAUAUUGAUGAACAAUGUCACAAUCAAAGAAGGGUGUGUACUCCAAGACUGUGUGAUAUAUACAGGAGCCACUGUAGGGAAUGGAUGCUCACUCCAAUACAGCUUGGUGGGACCGCACCACGUACUCCCCGCCUCUACCAAUAGCAAUCACCAACUGCAUGCCGAGACCACAGACAACAUGAUCACCCUAGGAUAAUUACAUUGAUGUAUGU